GGUUUCCGUCGCAGGGGAGCUGGCGUCGUCAGGCUACCUCUUUCUUUUGCUCCAAGAGUGGCGUAGUUGGCUGGCGGGGGCCGUGUCUCUUUAAGAAUGGAACGCGGAGCUCCGUGGGCUGCGGCCGAGGAUACCGUGUGACGUCGCCGCGCCAUUGUGACGUCGAAACGGACCCCCCAAAAAGAGGCGCCUGCGAAGCCGCAGGAGGAAAGCGGACGGAGCUCUCCCUUCUCCAUUGUGGCUCCCGCCCUGGGCCGCCUCUGGGAUUCCCGCGCGCUGCUUCCCCCGGCUCCCGCGCCAGCCCUUCUCGCCUUCAGCCAUGCUGACCAGAGCAUGGACUCCGGGGAAGGCGAUGUGCUGUCGACGCGGGAGCAGCUCUUCCACGAGCGGGUCCGGGAGUGCCUCAUCUGUGCCCUUCUCUUUGCCAGCCUCUACAUCCUGUGCUACUUCAUCCUAACUCGCUUCAAAAGGAACACAGACUUCACAACAGUUGACGAAGAUGCUGCUGUCAACAGAAUUGCACUCUGGCUUUGCACCUUCACCUUGGCAGUAUCUCUAGGAGCUGUGCUCCUGCUUCCCUUCUCCAUCAUCAGCAACGAAGUGCUGCUCACCUUCCCGCAAAACUACUACAUCCAGUGGCUCAAUGGGUCCCUCAUCCACGGGCUCUGGAACCUCGUCUUCCUCUUCUCCAACCUCUCCCUCGUCUUCCUCAUGCCCUUCGCCUACUUCUUCACUGAAUCCGAAGGUUUUGCGGGAUCAAAGAAGGGGAUCAUGGCUCGCGUCUAUGAGACAUUUGUGGUGCUCCUGCUACUGACCCUGUUGGUGCUGGGAAUGGUCUGGGUCGCAUCUGCCAUUCUGGACAACAACGCAGCCAGCAGGGAGAGUCUCUAUGACCUAUGGGAAUACUACCUCCCCUACCUCUACUCGUGCAUCUCCCUGUUUGGUGUGCUGCUGCUCUUGUUGUGCACCCCCUUUGGCCUGUCGCGGAUGUUCACCGUCACGGGGACACUGCUGGUGAAGCCCAGGCUGCUGGAGGAUUUAGACGAGCAACUGAACUGUACAGGGUUUGAGGAAGCUGCCAUUUCGCGUAAGAUCCACUCUGGGAAAACCUCCUGCUGGCUCAACUUUGAUAUGGAAGUGCUGAGGCAACAAUACCUAGCGAUUCACGCACACAGGAUAACACUGGAAACACGCCGCAAAGCCUCUGCUUGGCAAAGGAACUUGGGGUACCCACUGGCCAUGCUUUCUUUGCUAUCUCUAACGGGCAUCUCUGUUCUGGUUGUCUGUUUUCAUGUCUUGGAGCUGCUGUUGGAUGAUGCAGCCAUGCCACGAGGGAUCCAGGAUGCACCGUUGGGAAAAGUUUCUUUCUCUGUCUUUGGCUCUUUUGGGGCAGCCAUGCAGGUGAUCCUCAUAUUCUACCUAAUGAUUUCCUCCGUGGUGGGAUUCUACAGCUCCCCACUGUUUACCAAACUGCUGCCUGAGCAACAUGACACAGCCAUGACCAAGAUAAUCGGGAACUGUGUCUCGUUGUUGGUGUUGAGCUCUGCCCUCCCAGUUUUGUCUCGGACUUUGGGAAUCACGAGGUUUGACCUGCUUGGCGACUUUGGGAGGUUUAACUGGCUAGGAAACUUCUACAUUGUCUUUCUCUACAACAUGCUCUUUGCUGGCCUCACGACUCUUUGCCUGGUGAAAAAAUUCACCUGGGCCGUGCAAGCUGAACUCAUCAGGGCAUUUGGCCUCCACAAGCUGCCUCUACCUGUGACUCGAUCCCACCAGCCGUGCAAGCUCAGCUAGAAUCAGCGUUGGUGCCUGAACCGAGCCUGGCAAGGCCACGCACCUUGCCCGUGAGCCGCAGCCGGGACAUCCUUACCUUGACGUCGUGAUUGUUGCUUGUCUUCUGAGCCAUCGGUCUGCAGCAGACGAGUGCGGGGCAGAGAGCUGCCUUUGCCCUGCCUUCAUUUUGACCAAUGACUUGUCGGAAAGGAGGGAAGGUGGCAUUUUCAGCCUUUCCUCCCUAUUUCCCAGAAGCCCGAGGAGGGCGAUAGACUUGAACCACUCUUGAGACCUUGCUGUCUUCUCUGAGGUCCCUGUUCCUGCCAGCUGAGGGAACGUCUCAGUAGUCCACACUGUGACUUUGGAACUGGGGCAGUGUGAAUAGGUUGUGGAGAAAGAGGCCUUGUGGACUGUCUUAGAGAGAGAUUGAUGUAGAAUUGGCCCCGGGGGGCAUUGUUAGGGAGCAACGCGGGAGAGACAGGCUGCGGGGGGAAGUCCCUUGCCCCCGCAGGGGUGCUGCAGAUUCCUGCUCUAGCUCCCUCUCUCCCUUGUUUACAUUUGACAUUGUCUUAAACCUCAUGUCCAUGUUGGCCUCUCACUAGACCGUAGGGCCGAAAACCUUUCCAGUUAGGAAUUCUGAGCCAGUUCUGUGUUGUAGAUCGAACUCCGUUCCAUUGUUUACAUACCUCACUCAAGUGCAAUAUAAGCUGGCGCUAUUGAGCCAUCUAUCCAUGGCUUUCUGUUUCAGCAGCCAUCUCUGUGAGAGACUAUUUUGUGUGUGUGUGUGCGCGCUUGCGCUUGCGCUUCAUAUUCUUUAAAAUUUGCCCUGCAACAUGUAAGCUUCCCUUGUCCGUAACGCUGGGUGUCGACUCAAAGUAAUGGUGGACGCAUCUAAUAAGUUUCCUAAUGGAAACUGUGUAAGGGGAAGCAGGCCACAGAGAGUGCCCUUGCCCAGCAAGAAGGGAGAACUUGCCACAAUGGCCACCCUUCCAACUCUUGUACCAUUGAGAAGCAGUUGCAGAGUUUGAUGUUUUCCGAAAUUAAGAACGGACCUCAAGAACACCGACGCAGCUCUUCUCUUGCCCUGUGACCCCCAUGCCUUGUUCAAGGGCAAACUUCACAGCCUGUAUAACUUGCUUUGCUCUCCACACUCUAUCAGUGUUCCCAAACUUGUGUCUCCAGCUAUUUUUUUGGACUACAGCUCCCAUCAUCCCUAGCUAGGAGGACCCAGUGGUCAAGGAUUAUGGGAACUGUAGUCCAAAACAACUGGAGACCCAAGUUUGGGAAACACUGCUUUAGAUCACAGGGAGCCAGGUGCUGUUCAACUAUGUCCCCCAUCAUCCCUGGCUGGCAGGGGUUGAUGGGAGUUGGAGUUCAAGAACAGCUGGAGAACGGACACCACUUCAACAACUUCUGCUCUAGAUACUCCCAGCUUGCAGGAAGAUCUCCCGUUAUUUGGGUGGGUGGCUUGGAAGGUGAAUCUGUUCAACAUGGAGGUAUAUUUUUUAAAAAUCUGGGGAAUGGCAGGGGCAUGUUAGAACACGGUUAAUGUGGAAGAAUGGUGCAGUGGGAAACAGCCCCCCCUGCCCCCUCUACUGUGUGUGCAUCAUUUGGGCAUCUCUUAGUGUUUGGAUGCCAGGCUGUGUUCUCCAGUUUGUCAGGACUCUAUACCCAGUGCUGGAUAGGAAUUAUAUGAGGAAGUUGAAUCCCUUAUUUUAAUUCUCUAUUAAUGUGGAAGUUUGAGCCUAAAGGGCAGGAAGCAGGGAGGUAUCAAAUUUACCAGCCCAGAUGGGAGUGACCAUUUUACAGUUAUGUCUUUUGAGUUUUAUGGUAGGAGUUGGUGUGUGUGUGUGUGUGUGUGUUUUCCCUCCCUGUCUCUGUGGCACCGUCAUUCUGCAGUGUCUGUGUAUGUGUGCUGGGCAAGACCACAACUGCCUAUGCCCCAUGUUUGCAGAAAAUGCAGAAGUUUGCUUCGAGGCGUGUGGGUGCAGUUUUGAAGAACGACAGGUUGCUGCGCUCUUGUUAUUGUGGCGACCGUAAUCUCCAUAAAUUUCACAGCCGGAGCUGAACAUAGGAGGCUGCACACAGAAAUCCUGCAUCCUCACCGCAGAUCAGACUUCGAUUGGGAGGGGAAGGGUUGUGUGAGAAUGAAUUAUUUUGUUGCAGGAACAUAUUGCGGCAUUGCAGGCCCCACUUCAGAGGGGCCCAACCGAAAUGGAGACUUGUGACCCCCGCCUGCCUUUGUUGCUUCAUGUAGUGACUGUCCGAUCUCAGUACUAUACUGUCCAUGGGGCUCGUAUCCAUGUAAGCAAUAAAUUGCCUAGUCCUCUUUUAUCUCCCCUCUUCUCUUCCGGAUGCUUCUUUUGUGUUGUGGGAGGCUAUGAAAAAAAAGGAUGGUGUCUGUCCUGACACGGUAGAGAGAAAACUUUCCAGCUGGCUGUAUCUCCCGAGCAUUUGUUUGUUACUCAAUGAAUGUUUCAUAGAGAGCCUCAGAUUACCUUUCUGAGCCUCUGUAAUCCUGUUCAUUUGAAUAUUGGGUCAUUAUUUAAUGGGGAAGCGAGGCAUUUGCCAUGCAAAUGAGCACCCUGGAUUUUGUGGUUUGUCAUACCGCAAAUGAGUUAAAAGCAAGGACUGUUUUGAGUCACAACAGCCGAUCCAGAUUAUAUAAGGCAGGGUGAUUUUUCUGCAUCUUUAUAGCUAAGUAGCUAGCUACUCCUGUUGCAAAUUACUACUGCAUUUAAAACAACAAGAACGAAAUCUUAAAAGAGAGCAAACAUCUUGCCUAUUUCUAUCACUAUGGUUCUGUACUGGAGAUAAAAGUCUUGUCUUGCUGUAAACUGGCAUGGAGAAAUUGUUGGAUGUCAACGCCCAUCAUCCCUGUCAAUGGACUUGAUUGACAAUUGUCAGUCAGCUUGGGCCUGAUGGGAGUUGUUGUCCAACAACAUCAGGAGGCCUCCACAUUGACUACCCCUGCCUUAGUAUUUUAGCUGGUAGUUUGAGACCAACACACCGCUCAUGCCCCAUUUCUUUUUUUGUCGAGGGCCUGGGCUGUGACUGGGAGCACCCCAGUGCAAAGGAGGAGAAUGGCUCUGUUAUAUCUCAUAGGGUGGGGUCAUCUUGCCUACACAUCUGUGACUGGCGUGGGAUCCCUGAUAUUUUUGGUAUUGGCUCAUUUUGGACGGGUGAGAAACAUGGCCUCACACCCAGAGUCUUGUAAGAAAAUUGCUCCCUUUCUCUUAUGGGUUAUUCCAGAGUCCGUAUAGAGUCCUUAAGUGGGUCCCCUAUUGGUAGGGGAAAAAAUAACAGGCCAACCAGAGUAUAUUGAGAAGCAAAGUGGCUAGUAAGCCUGAUCUUUAUUAAUAGAACUGUUGCAACAGGGUCCCCACUCACCACACGCAGGAGGGAGGAGAACCCUGAACACUGGUGCGCAAGCCCCUAUAAAGACAUUUGAAAUUGCCCACCCUGUAGCCCAAGACCACCACCACCACCCCCCGCCAAAAAAAUCAUACAUACAUCACAGAAGGAGGUGGUCUCCAGCAGAAAUUUGAGAGAGUUGCUUCUCUCCUGUCUGCUAGGAUACCUGAUAAUGCCUUUCUUGGUUGCAUUUUCUGGGUAGCUGGGCCAUUCCUUGGAGAUGGUAAAUACUUUAGUUUCUGAAUCUCUUACCCAUAUUGAUAGUUCGCUCAGCUUAACAGAUAAUUUGCCAGAUUGUAUUUGCAGGGAGGUGUAAGCCCCUACAGUCCAAAGACAGUUGGAAAGCUUUUCGUAUUUCCUUCCUCCUUGCAGAGAAAUAUUUGAGGUCAAUUUGGGAGAGUCAAAAUGGCUUCAGGAUUGCUCUCCUGUACUAUUUCAGACACGUGAUUUAUAUACUUAUGUAUGGGUUUGCCUUGUUCGUUUUAUUUUAUAUUUGAGACCUUAAAAUUCCUAUAACAGGGUGUUGCACAAUUGCUCAUGUAUACCGAGCCUGAAACGAAGCUUAUUAAGAAACAUAGAUUUUGACCUCCAUAUUUCGUGGCGAGCCCCUUGCACCACAGCUACUUGGUUGGCAUGGCCUGUGCACUGCACACAGAGGGCUGUUCUUGUAAUGAUGGCACGCUUGUUCCUAAGGCUCCGGUUUACCUGCACAGGGCGUGAAGGUUUUUGUGAGAAGUUAAGGAGCUGACUUUGUAGAGGAAAUAAUUAAAGCAACUUCGCCAGUUGCCCUUGCACGAUAGUAGAAAAGAGGCAGGAGCCAGCAGACACACGUGUUCUCACCAUUUCUUGAUUGUAAAGCCACGUUACAAGUAUUAUUUGCACUGACCACCAGCUACUCUUGAUUGGAACAGGUGAGAAUCGCUGCCCGACACGUUGCUUUUCCGCCACCCUCAAUUUGCAUCACAUGCAUCACAGUGACAAAGGGGAGCAGCAGUUCUUCUGCGCAUCCUUAUGUGAAUUCACUGCAAGAAGAGUGGUCUACAUAUAACACAAAUUUGCAAUGCACACCGAAAGAACAGGUAGCACAAUGGAUUAGGUAAAAGGUAAACGAUCCUUGGACAGUUAGGUAAAGGGACCCUUGACCAUUAGGUCCAGUCGUGACCGACUCUGGGGUUGCGGCGCUCAUCUCGCGUUAUUGGCCGAGGGAGCUGGCGUACCGCUUCCAGGUCAGGUGGCCAGCAUGACAAAGCCGCUUCUGGCAAACCAGAGCAGCACACGGAAACGCCGUUUACCUUCCCGCCGUAGCGGUACCUAUUUAUCUACUUGCACUUUGACGUGCUUUUGAACUGCUAGGUUGGCAGGAGCAGGGACCGAGCAACGGGAGCUCACCCUGUCGUGGGGAUUCGAAUCGGCGACCUUCUGAUCGGCAAGCCCUAGGCUCUGUGGUUUAACCCACAGCGCCACCCGGGUCCCUUGGACUGGACUGGUUAAGUCCAGUCAAAGGUGACUAUGGGGUUGCAGCGCUCAUCUCGCUUUCAGGCCGUUUGUCCACAGACAGCUUUCCGGGUCAUGUAGCCAGCAUGACUAAACCACUUCUGGAGCAGUGGGACACCGUGCCGGAAACCAGAGCACACGGAAGCAGCUUUUACCUUCCCGCCACAGUGGUACCUAUUUAUUUACUUGCGCCAGUGUGCUUUCGAAGUGCUAGGUUGGCAGGAGCUGGGACAGAGCAACAGGAGCUCACCCCAUCGCAGGGAUUUGAACCACUGACCUUUUGAUCGACAAGCCCAGGAGGCUCAGUGGUUUAGACCACAGAGCCACCCACAUCCCUGCACCUCUCCUGCAAUGCCACAUUAACCUUAAAGGUGGGACCUGGGUUAUGCUUCACACACGCCUGGGUAAAUUUGUGGUGUUUUGUGUUUGUUUUGGCUCUUAGCCCUAUACUGGAGGUGUUUUCUCCCCCCCCCCCUUUAAUGUUUUCUGGUUGGCUGCCCACUGUUGUGGGCGAAAAUAAUAAUCACAAUCCAAUUCUUCAUAAGAAGCGCAGUUUUUUCGAAGGGGGGAAGCUAGUUCUCAUCCUUUCUGCUUAGCUGGAAGGUAAGCGGAAAGGCAGGCCUCCGUUGGAUUUGGGUGGGGGGAUGGGAGAGCCUUUUGCUCUGGUAUCACAUCAGCUCCACCCUGAUGGCAAGGGGAAAGGGUUCUCAGGAAGGCAGGAAGAUGGGCAGUUUGCCUGCAGAGAAUGAGCAGGUCUUGCAUUUUUACCUUGUUUGGUUUGUUUCCACGUAUCCGGGAAUGCAGGAAACCAACUUGAGAGGGCAGGAAGUAAAGCCAUAACUACCCCAGAUUCCCCUUGGCUGUGCACACUGCCCCAGUGACCUAGACCUGCUCCCCGCCAGCCUUUCUCUUGUGAGGGAGGAAAUGUGGUUCUUGGAAAGUCGGUUGAGAGACUUGGCGUGAGGGGGCAGGACAGAAAAUUGGUUGAAAAUAAGAGGAGGUGGCUUGUCCAAUAUGGCCAAAGCUAGGGAUGGUAGUGGCUUCUUUUCUGGGCUUCUAGAAACCCCCACUGCCAGGGGUGCCCACUUGAAUAAAAUAUGGGGGGGGCAAGGUAAGCCCUGCUCCACAUAAUCACAAGAUGCAGUGCGCGCACACCAUAGGAGCCAAUUCCUAGGGGCCGGGAAGUCUUUGAACCCCCCCCCCCAUAAAACAUGUGAGCCCUCCAAGUUAAUGGGCAUUGCCAUUCAGAGAGAGAUGUCAUGUGAGCAAUUAUGUGGGGCGGGGCUUCCCCCCCAAUAUUUUAUUGAAGUUGGCACCCCAGACACCCACCAUUUGAAUGACAAUGCCCAUUAAUUUUGGGGAGCCUGGUUCCCUCAAAUAUUUUAUUGGGGGGGAUACUGAAGAGAUCACAGCCCCUAGGAGUUGGCUUCUAUGCCCAGACCUUCCAAGUGUCCCUAUUUUCCAAGUUACAGGUACGUAGCCGCUUUAUCCCAGAAUGUCCCGUCUUUCCUUAGGACAACCCUAUUUUCAUGGGAGAAAUGUCGGAGGGUCUGUUCGGAUGUC